AAGUGCUCGCUCGGCCAAUGGGAUUAAAGCACCGGAUUGACUCUGUGUUUAUUUGUGUAUGUGUGUGUAUGUGUGUGUCUGUGUGUGUGUGUGUGUGUGUGUGAGCAGCUGAGAGCCAGAGCAAGCCCAAGCCCGGACAAGUAGCAGCAGCAGCAGCUCUAUGUUUGUGUGUCUGUGUGAAGAAAAUGUAGGGCAGCCGCUUGUUCUCCCUCCCACUGCCUUCUCUCUCCCUAUCUCUUCCUCUGUCUGUCUUUGUUUCUGCGCUGCGCUGCUGUAGCUGCAGUCGCCAGGGCGACGGCUGACAUUGUUGCCUCAGCUCCACUUCCGUAUUUGCAGUGGCUCGGUCGUCUUUCUCUCUCUCUCUCUCUCUUAUUCUCUCCUCUCUGUCUCCACUCGCCUCGAGGAUUUACAGAGGGGGCAUGUAACCUCCCUGAGGAACCAUUGUCUGUGUGAGGGUGGGUGUAUGUGUGUGUGUGUGUAUGAGUGUGUGUGAAAGAGAGGUGAGGGGAAUAAGGAUCCGGACAUGAAUUCCUGUUGGAAAAUGAAGAUUCAGAAUGAAAAGCCUCUGGGUCAUUCUGCCAGCAGGUCCAGCAAUAUAUCAAAGGCAGGGAGCCCGACUUCAGUCAACGCUCCAUGCAGUUUCUCGAGGACGUCAGUUUCGCCCUCCAGCCAGGACAUCUGCAGGAUUUGUCACUGUGAAGGGGAUGACGAGAGUCCUCUGAUCACACCAUGCCACUGCACGGGGAGCCUGCGCUUUGUCCACCAGUCCUGUCUGCAGCAGUGGAUCAAGAGCUCUGACACGCGUUGCUGUGAGCUCUGCAAAUAUGAGUUCAUCAUGGAGACUAAGCUCAAACCGCUGCGCAAGUGGGAGAAGCUACAGAUGACGGCGAGCGAGAGAAGGAAGAUCAUCUGUUCGGUCACGUUCCACGUCAUCGCAAUCACCUGCGUGGUGUGGUCGCUCUACGUUCUCAUCGACAGAACGGCAGACGAAAUCAGACGAGACGGAAGAAUCCCAGGGGUCACGGACUGGCCUUUCUGGACCAAGCUGGUGGUGGUGGCGAUCGGCUUCACAGGUGGACUGGUGUUCAUGUACGUCCAGUGCAAAGUCUACAUCCAUCUAUGGAGGAGACUCAAGGCUUACAACCGGGUCAUCUACGUCCAGAACCGGCCCGACACGUGUAAAAAGCUGGCGCUGGAGAAGCCCCCUCUUCUGGAGCCAAGUCUUGAGAACAAGGAAGCGCUGGUCCCCGCCCAGUCGGACACAAACUCCUCCCAGUACACAGAGACAGAGGACUACAGUAUGGAGGUGCUCCAUGUCUGACCACGCAGUCCAUCCUCAUAAACACAAACAAACAGGCCCAGAGGGAGGACCAGUGGAUGUGGAAAUGCUCUUAAACUGAGGAACAAGCCGACACUCCCCCUCCUCUGAUCCCGCAUCCUCCCCUGGUCAAGUUAUAAACCCACAACUCUGCCAGAGACCACCAGACCAGGACUAUCUUCUUCAAUCAACAUCCCUCUUGCCAGAUUUGAUUCCUCCCUCCACACUGCCUCCUCUUUCCUCUUCCCAGGACUGGACUGUUUUUACGGACUUCUGUAAAUGUCUGAAGAGGCCUGGGGCACACUACUCUAUAAACACAACACACACACACACACACACACACACACACAAACUCAACCAUACAACGCACACAUUUCAGUGUUCACCUCUGGGAGAGCAGGACUGAGACAGAUAGACUCAAAAUUAGCUCCAGAGGGCUACACGUCUCUGAUGUGUGGUUUGUUUACUUGUGGGUUUUUGUUAGAUUUGUUCGUUUUUACCUCCUGUGAGUCUCGGGCUAACCUGCCAUGGAUCAGUAUGUAGCGCCACGCAUCGGAUCUCUGGAACAAUCCACCCACUGCCAUCUCUGCGUCGGUGUGUCGACCCUGGGCUGGUCUGGAUCGGACCAGGCCUUGAUCUGGACAUGCAUUGAAGCACUUUUGUUUUUUUUAGUUACAUGAACAAACACCCUCCCUUCCUCUUGAUCAUUUUUGUUUCUUUAAUAUGGUUUAAGUCUUACUUAUUUGACUUUGCAUUCCCUCGUACGCACAUCCCUUCCAUGGAUGACAAAAAAGGAAAUGGGGUCGAAGAAAGGAAUCAUGUUGAAAGAAAGACGUGUGUGUUGUCCGUCAAAAUAGAAAAAAAAAGGUUUUGAAUACGACAUCAGGCUAAUGAAUCUAAUGCAGAAAAAGGAAAAUCCAGCCACAUGACUUCUCUACCCCAACAUGAACUUUCUGAAGGCUUUGAGAAUGUAAACUUUUUAAAAAAAAAAAGAUUAAAAAAACAAUAAAACUUGAAAAAAUAAUAAUAAUCAAACAACAUUUUUUUACUGGUCAAAGGAAGUUACGAGAUAACUUCCGUGUCUUGAGAUCAUAACGAGAGCCUUUUGGCAUAAACAGCGUCGCUCAUGUUUUUCUAUCAUGUGAAUGACACAGUAUUUACAGAGUGAUAUUCCCCGUGCAGUUUUUAAUAUGUCUGAUUUGUUUGCUUCGUCACGGGAUACGCUUUGAGAAAUCCACAGCUGCCUAUUUUAGUGCGCCCUCCAAGAGCUUCCAUCAUGCAGGCGGUGCAUCGAUUGGCCUCUGACAGAUAGUCACAGUCUGUGUGUGUUUUUACAUUUGAAUGCUUCUGGCAAAACUUUCACUCUGAAGGUCAGAAAACACAUUUACAAUCAGUCUCCUCAACUGGAUUGACACUCUUCAGCACAGUGUUUUCUAAGAUAUCCGAUGUUUGUAUUGGGGAGCGUGUCAGACAAGCAGAAGUCUCAGCUUCACCAAUAGAGAAGUAAGAGAAGUGUUUCAUAGCUUUUAUUUCCAAGAUAGAUGCAAUGUGUCCUCUCAUUUGAGUGUUUUCUCACAUUUACCCAUAUGUUGUUUAAAUAAGCCAAACUGUUACAGCUUUUCUUUUAUAAAAACAAAGCACACAUACAGAAAAUGCAACGUUUCAGCAUGCAAGAAGUUUUGAUGUUUUCUCCACAUUCAUCGACAAACAAAACCUUCAAUUUGAAUUUAAAAUGCUCCAUCCUAACAUGCUACCUGUGACAGACAAACAGUAGGCCUCAGAUGUGAGCUGACUGGAGCUCCCCCUGCUGGUGUGGAGCUGGAUGUGCACUUUCAUAAAGGCAGCAGUGGAUUUCUCAGGGCGAUAAAGUGUUUUGUGCUUACAGUCAUUGUAAGUGCUUUUUGUGUACGUGGGAGCACAGCGAUGCCGGGCUCAUGUUGAGUCUCACAGCCAUUCCAGCAGCACACAUACACACACGCACACACACACAUUUUUAAAAACUGUCUUUGAUACCAGUAUACUGUCUGUGUGAACAACAACAAAGGUCCAACAAACGUACCCGACAAUUACUGCUCAGCAGCAGCAAUAAGUGAAAUCUGCGCUUUGGUUUUUUGCGACAUUGCAAACUGUACUUGUGUAUUAGCCCCUUUGCGACAUGAGAUCUGGAGUCUAAUAUGAUUUAAAUAACUGAUUUGAGCCGAGGGAAUUGUUGUGUGUCAAGUUGGAUUAAGACCUAGUAAAGAGAAGCUUCUCUGAAACUUCAUUACCCAUGAGGCUCAGUGCAAUUAGACAGAUAAAAAAGUGCAAUUACCCUUUUGUUGUUAUUCUAUUCUGUAGUUAUGUAACAGUGUUUAGUGUCCAGGAUGUCAUCUGGGGGAGAUGAUUAUUUCUUCACUCUUGUGUUGUAUUUAUUUUUCAAUGAGAAAAGUACAAUUUGUUCAUAAAAAAAAACAAAACCCUUUCAACAGUAAUUUUAUGCAACUUACACUUUAUUUGAUUCCCAGGCAUUAAUACAAGAAAUCACUUUCACAUUUUGUUCUGCACUUUAUCAUUCAGAUAUUGGAGUAAUUAAUUAGCUCGUAUUCUCAUUUGAAUGUGAAUAUCUGCUUUUCUUUUUCCCUUCUUUUUAAUGUCUUGAUGAGUUUAGUAUUAAAUAAACAGAAUAUAGACAUU